CUUGCAGAUUCUGCUCUCUGCUGACAGGCCCACACCUGCGCUCUCACCUACGCUGCCGUAGCAUAUAUUUUAUCCGUGUAGCUCAAGUUCGCAAUCCUGGGAGAACUGUUUCAACGAUGGCGAAGUUCUUCGGCUUAUUGGUCAUCUUUGCCCUGGCGAUAAACUUGAAAGGAAUUGGUGCUGCCGCAGCAAGUCCGCAGGAAUCAGUGCAGGACCAGACUCCAGGUUACGCGACCACCCCUCCAAAUGGGGAGUUUUACUGCAAGUUCUGCAUGCUGUGUGUGACCUACGUGAGGAACAUGACGCUCGACAAAGACUUUAUGCGAGCGUUUGUUGACAAUGGCCGAAGGAUUUGCUUGUUAUGGAGUCCUGCUGUCUUCGCCAAGUAUUGUGACGACUUUGCGGAAGAAUAUCCAGAUAUUACUCGGGCAAUUGUGCACGAUUACCUGGAUCCGAUUAGGGGGUGCGCUUGGCUGUGCCACGGUCAGGAAGCGGGGGAACUGCAUCCGAAUGUUCUGAGUAACUUCGCCCAGAAGGUGGGAAGGGCUUCCAAGAAGGCUUCCUGGAAGUAGGAACAUCUUCAAUUAACCUUGAUGAACCAUAGACGACCAGACUUCCACGUGACACUGGCUCUCGAUGUUAUUUAAUUUUGUAGCUUGCGCUAGCAGCAAAAAGCUUGCCUAUAAUUUAGAAAGAGCAUAGAAUUUUACUGAUUCUUAAAAACUCCAUAUUGUGGCAUUCUUUUAAUGUUUUUUCUCUCCGCUUUUGGUCGCCACAGCAACUUCUUUUGCUAUUUGCGGUAUUAAUUUAAAGUACCAUCUCUGUCAAAGUUUAUGAUAUGAAAUAACAUGACAAACCUGACGAAUAUUUUUCACCAUCAAGUUUGUUCUUGCGCAUCUUUCUUUAGAUUUUGAGUAUUUUUUUUAGCCUCACAGGAGAUUGCAUAAAAUAUUUGACAAACGAUGACCUGUACCCUUGAGCAUUUCUUGCACGUUAGUUCUGCUUACAUCAGUCAGUUUUGUAUCAAAACCUUUUGAACAGUUUGAAGGACAUGCGAAUAAAGUACAGUGUAAAAGAAUCUUUUGGUGGAAGUUGGCAUCAUGUGAUACUAACAACAUCCGGAAUUCGGAAAAUAUUUGAACAUCACAUCGUUUGUAACUUUGUUUAAAGGGUAGCUGCGAUAAUUUUGUUUUAAUAAAAACCUUCAAAAUGCACCCGUGUCUCAGUUAACCUGUUUUCAACCUUUUUUUCACUGCUUAAAGGGUAUUUUGAUCUCUUUUCGUUUUUUUUAUUCUAAUGAGUACUUCCAUAUUCAUUGGUAAACUAAAUGUUAGUUACAAUGGCUUGUACACAAAAAGUUAUGCAUUUUUGUUGGUUUUUAUUUUGCUAAUCAAUAAAGCAGUAAGUUAGCAUCAA